CCCUUUUGGGCUGCAGAAUAUUUUGUACGAGGGGUCUCUUAUAAAAACUUGGCCACAGAUAUCUGUAGCCACACACUGGGAGACAAUCACAGCAGCAGCAGAAUGUCUGUCACCUCCUCCUCACUCGUUGUCCUCUUAGGCUGUGUGAUUCUCGGAGUGUCGCUGUCAGAUGCUGCCCCACGUUCUUCAUGCCCUUACGGAUGGUUUUACUACAAGUCUCAUUGCUAUGGAUAUUUUCGUUUUAAACUGAGUUGGUCUGAAGCUGAGUUUGAGUGUGUCAGUUAUGGACAUGGUGCACAUUUGGCCUCCAUCUUGGAUAAUGCUGAAGCUGACAUAAUUGCAAGUCAUGUAUCUGCUUAUCAAGUCAAUGGAGAUGUCUGGAUAGGUCUCCAUGACCCCGAACAGAACCGUAGAUGGAAGUGGAAUGACGGCUCAAUGUAUAAUUACCGAAACUGGAAAAAUGGAGAGCCAAAUAAUGUCAAUAAUGAGGAGUACUGUGGGGAGCUGGCAGUGGAAACCAGAUUUGAGAAAUGGAAUGAUGCCCCAUGUAACAUACAAAAUCACUUUGUGUGUAAAUUUAAACCAUAAGGACAUUUCCUCUCCACCAAGACAAGGAUGUGGAGCUUAAUGCUAUUCUUGUUCAGAAUAAAUUUCUUUCUCAUACAGUUAAUGAUUGUCUGUUAAUUAUUAAGAAAAAAAUUAAGUGUGCCGUUUAGUAUUGUACAAUGACAUGAGAUUUGUGAGGGGUGACAUUCUUAAUAUAUGAUGAGCCAUUUUAUAUGACAACUAUAAAAUACAGUUUUUCUAAUAUAUUGUGCUUAGUAACUACUGUAUGUCCUUGUACUAUCUCCUAAGGUAGGAUAUCCUUAUUUUAAGUGGCCAAUCCACCCCCUGCUGAAGUUUUGCCUCUCAAAUCAUUCUAAAGGCACAUAACUAUAUUGUAAAUGGGGAAAUGUAAUAAAAGGGACAAAGUUUGCUACAGGUCUAGGCACCUAUAGCAACCAAUCAGCAGGGAGCAUUUACUUGUCACAAACAAACAUCUUAUUGGUUGGGAAGGCUUAUUUCACCUGGGCAAGCUUACUGCCAUUUAGUACCUUUAGGUUAAGUGUACAAAUAUUUGCACUAUAAUGGGAACAACUAGAGCAGGUCCAAUCAUGCCACUAUUCAUUAUUUCAUUCUCUUUCAUUCUGAGUGUACAGUUAUUGAUAUAGGGGGUCACUUAUGAAAUUGUUUGCAAUUGUGCUCUCUGCACUAGUGAUGUGGGCCCCCCUGGACCCCCUAAUGGUGUAUUUACCUGUUGCUUACCUGUUUACUUCCCACACUUAAGACUAUUAUCUUGUACGAUUUUGGCUCUUCAUCUCCAUUUCUUUCAGUAAUCAAUCCUUGGCUUAAUUAGUCCUGAUUUUUAACAUUUGAAAAAUGAGAUUUAUACUCUAUUCUGAUGUAUAUGCUGAGGUUAUUGUACAGAAAAAUUGCUGUGUUCAGGGGGUGUUAUCUGUGAAUCUACUUCUGCAUUUAUCCUGCUGUAAAUUUUGGGGGUAUUAUACAUAGAAUUACCACUGUGUCAUCUUGCUAUGUGUUUUGGGUAUAUUAUAUAUUGAACUGCCACUGUGUAAUCCUGCUUUGAGUUCUGGGAGAAAUAAACGUGAAUUUGACACUU